GGUUCCCGGGGCGUUUAAGAGCGGGUGUAAUCGAUUCUCCCCGGAGUUUCCUCCCGAGGCUACCUAGAAUGGCCUUAUUUUGAGUUAUCAUUUAUCACUGUCGCUGCGAUGAAUUUAUCUCUGCGUCGGCUUGUCUGUUUCCAUGAUCGCUGGCCGAAUCAAGCCUUGGCUGCUCCCAGACUUUUAGAGCAUAUAACAAUAUGGUCUUAUCCUGUUCACAUAUUUCUUGAUUUCUCUUUUGGAAAUUGCGUCUGGCUCAACCCUUUCUCCGUUCUCGUCCCUCGAUUCCUGUCUAUCUCGAUGGUGCAUAGUUGCGGCUCGAUUUCGACUCGCACGGUUUCUCGAACAAGAGAACAGCAUCCUUUGGCCUAUGGCUUGCUUACUUUCUGCUGCUGGUUGUUAUCACGAAGGGACGUGGGUGGAGUUACUAACCGCGGUGGCGGUGCUGAAUCUUGCGGGGGCGCCUGUCUGCUGUUCUAUCACCUAUGACCGCUCUUUGAAUCGGUCUCGUGCUGUUCGUUUCUAUCUAUGUUGUGCAAAAUAUGGGGAUAUAUUCGGGUUUUCUUGGAUCAUUUUUCUGUCCGUGUAGCGUGUGGAGGCUAUUGUAUAAUGUACAUACAAUUGGGGAUUUUCUAAUAGCUAUAAAAGUCGACCUUGGAGAUACGUGGACAGCGCGGCUACCAUUCGGUAGCUGAUGUUUAGAAAAGAGAAGAGAGGAGAGGAGAGGAGCUAGA